UCGGCGUGGUUCCGCCCACGUACGACUCCGAGAAGGGUGCCCGCCACACUGCCGGUGAUGGCCACGUUCCCGAGAACUUUCGCGAGGAUGACUUCAUGACCCGCAAUGGCUUGAAUCUCAAGAGUUUCCAGCGUCGUAAGUCUAAACUCUCAAUAUCACCGGCAUGAACUGCUUUCGGGCCUAUCUCCUCACCCCCGCCUUGUGCAGAGAUCUCUUCGUAGCUGGAUCGCUAACAUGAUAACGUUAGGUGACUGGGGAACCGGUGACACUGAACUCGACCGCUCCAUGAAGCCUCGUCACUUGCAAAUGAUCGCCAUCGGUGGCUCCAUCGGUGCUGGUUUCUUCGUCGGUUCCGGUAGCGCUCUUACCAAAGGUGGCCCCGGCUCUGUCCUCAUCUGCUUCCUGAUCGCCGGUGUCAUGAUCUUCAACGUCGUCUACGCUCUCGGUGAACUUGCUGUCCUGUACCCUGUCUCUGGUGGUUUCUACACCUACUCUAUCCGCUUCCUCGACCCUUCCUGGGGUUUCGCUAUGGGCUGGAAUUAUGUCUUCCAAUGGGUUAUUGUCUUACCACUCGAACUAACAGUCUGCUCGUUUACGAUACAAUAUUGGAACAAGGAUAUAAGUGUCGCUGUAUGGAUCACCAUCUUCUGGCUCUUCAUCAUCUUCAUCAACGUUUUUGGAACCUUGGGCUUCGCCGAGGAAGAGUUCAUCUCCUCUACCUUCAAGCUCUUUGCCACCGUCAUCUUCAUGGUCGUCGCCCUCAUUCUUAUCUGCGGUGGCGGCCCUGAGGGUGGAAAGUACGAUGAGUACUGGGGUAACCGUCUAUGGAGCGACCCCGGCGCGUUCCAGAACGGAUUCCGUGGCUUCUGCUCUGUCUUCGUCACUGCCGCUUUUGCCUUCUCCGGUACCGAGCUUGUCGGUCUCGCUGCCGCUGAGUCCGCCAACCCCGCCAAGUCCCUUCCCGGUGCCAUCAAGCAGGUGUUCUGGCGUAUUACCCUUUUCUACGUCUUGGGACUUACUUUUGUCGGCCUUCUCGUCAGCUCUACCGACGAGCGUCUCCUGAAUUCCGCCAACCCCUACGCCGAUGGUGUUUCCCCCUUCGUCCUGGCCCCUCUUGAUGCCCACCUCUACGGAUACGACAGCUUCAUGAACGUCGUCAUUCUCGUCUCCGUUGUCUCUAUUGGUGUCUCUUGUGUCUACGGUGGUUCCCGUACCUUGACCGCCCUCGCCCAGCAGGGAUACGCACCCAAGAUCUUCACCUACAUCGACCGAUCAGGCCGUCCCCUGCCUUCUGUCGUCUUCAACCUUGCCUUCGGUGGCCUGGCUUACGUCCGCAUGGCGUCCUCCGGUGGUGUCGUUUUCGACUGGCUUUUGUCGCUUUCUGGUCUUGCCGCCCUUUUCACCUGGGGCUCCAUCUGCGCCGCCCACAUUCGGUUCCGCGCUGCGUGGAAGGCUCAGGGUCACACUCUUGAUGAGAUUCCUUUCCAGGCCAUUGGUGGUGUUGCCGGCUCUUGGCUCGGCCUAUUCCUGAUUGCCAUCUCUUUGAUCGCCCAGCUUUUCGUCGCCAUCUGCCCCCCUGGUGGUGGUUUCGCCUCCGCCGAGGACUUCUUUAAGGCUUAUCUUGCCCUGCCUGUCGUUCUCUUCUUCUGGGCCUGCGGUUACCUGUGGAAGCGCAAGGGCUUCUUGAAGCUUUCCGAGAUCGAUCUCGAUGCUGGUCGCCGUGAGGUUGACUGGGAUGAGAUUAACGCCUACCGCGCGAAGGUUGCCGCUUGGCCCAAGUGGAGACGGUGGGCAAGUACCAUCUUCUAAAGGACUCGCUGCUCUUCAAACUUGCUGGAUUAUCUAGCACCAAAGGGGAGGAAACAUCUGGGGGAAGAUGUAAAUAGGAGAUGUUGGCCUAUGAGCAGCUUUAGCUCUCGGCAUUUCUCACUAUCAUGAUACCUAUCUAUUUUCUGAACUUGUAAUCAGCCAUGAUAUCUCUAUUAAGGGCAUUAAUACAUGGGUUGUAUUAAACCAUAUCUACUCUACUGCCAUUUAUGUGCCUUUCAAGAUAUUUAGUGGACGCUGAUCUAGAUCCAUGCGUUCCUGAUAGAGGACCUCCUGAAUA